AUAUUUUUUGUGAUAUUUUAAAACGUGUGGUGUAUAAAAAUCAAGUAUAUUUAAUUGGGGACAAACACUUUAAACGUUUAAAAAAAUAAUGAAGAAAACCCUAUAUUCCAAUUAGAGAAAAUAAAAAAUAUAUUAAGCAUUGACCAUUUUUAACAUUGAACAUUAGAAGGAAACGUUUGCAAAUUUUUUGUUGUUGUACAAUUUAAAUUUUGUUCGUGUUAAGUUGAAGACGUGAAGAAAAGCUGAAAAACGCCAAAUAGAAACUUUUGAAGUGUGUUAAGAAGAGAAAUCAAAAAGCAAAAAGACUGAAUUAUAAUUAUUUUUGUAGGAAUUCGUAACGAUACAAGAAAAAAACAAUUAUAAGCAGAAGAAAGUGAAAGAGAAAUAUACAACAAAAUUUAAUUGCGUUUUGUGUUAUUAACAAAUAAAAGAAACAUUUUAACAGAAAAAAAGGCCACCACUUUUUUUGGUUAAACACAAAAAGGUUUUUUUUAGAAAAUGUCGACACCCGCACGCAGACGUCUUAUGAGAGAUUUUAAAAGACUUCAAGAAGAUCCACCAACUGGUGUUUCUGGAGCGCCAACAGAUAAUAAUAUUAUGAUAUGGAAUGCUGUGAUUUUCGGUCCACAUGAUACACCAUUCGAAGAUGGUACAUUUAAAUUAACAAUAGAAUUCACUGAAGAAUAUCCAAAUAAACCGCCAACGGUGAGAUUUGUAUCAAAAGUAUUUCAUCCAAAUGUUUAUGCAGAUGGUGGCAUCUGUUUGGAUAUUUUACAAAAUAGAUGGAGUCCCACAUAUGAUGUAUCAGCUAUUUUAACAUCUAUACAGUCUCUGUUGAGUGAUCCAAAUCCAAAUUCUCCAGCUAAUUCAACAGCUGCCCAACUUUACAAGGAAAAUCGUCGUGAAUACGAGAAACGAGUGAAAGCUUGUGUCGAACAAAGUUUCAUUGACUAGCCAUCCGCCGCCGCCGCAGCCGUUAAAGCCUUUAAUUUAAUGAAAAUUAAUCUUAAACAAAACCAACAACAACAUGUACGUACACCUGGAGUUCAUCAUACUCAAUUCACAUCAACAACAACAACAAAAACAAGAGCAAAAAUAACAGCAACCAUUUCCUUUUUAUAAAAACAAACAAACCAACCAACAGCUAAAACUACACACAUUCAAACACAUCAAACAAAUGAGAAAAAGGAAGCAAGAGAAUUGUAAUAAGUAAAUGAAAAAAAUCAUUUCAGUAGAAAUGUUGCAAGAAUAAAAAAAAUCGAAAUUCGUAAAACAAACAAAACGAUCAAUAGUAAUGGAAAUGGUUUAAAUUUGUAAAAGCAGCUUUUUACUUAGUUUUCCUAUUUUCUUAACUCCUCCUGCUCUCCUCCUAUAAACAAAUCCUCGUCCUUUUUUAUUAGCAAUAUUUAAAAUAUUAUGUGUGCAACUGCAGAGAAGCAGCAUUCAAAAUAAUAAAAUAAAUUAAAUUAAAGAUAAAAAAUAACAAAGCAAAAAAAA